UUACCUAGAUUUUUUUCCCGAGUUCCCAGUUGUCUUGAAAGCACCAUGAACAUAGCUUGUUGAUGUCAUGAGCCUCUUACAACCGAACAUGGCGGACUUUGAUACGAUCUAUGAGUUAGACGAGGAAGAUGAACGUGUAGUGAGUGAAGAACACCUUGUAAGAUAUUGCCCAGAACCUGUGAUUAUGCGAGGGGCCGGGCACAUCACUGUGUUUGGAUUGAGCAACAAAUUUGACACCGAGUUUCCCUCAGUUCUCACGGGAAAGGUGGCUCCAGAGGAGUUUAAAACCAGCAUCAGCAGAGUGAACGCUUGCUUGAAGAAGACGUUGCCUGUCAAUGUGAAGUGGCUUCUUUGCGGCUGCCUGUGCUGUUGCUGUACGGUGGGCUUCAGUCUGUGGCCCGUUAUAUGCCUCAACAAGAGAGCGAGAAUAUCUAUUCAGAAGUUGUUAGAAUGGGAAAACAACCAAUUAUAUCACAAGCUGGGCCUGCACUGGAAACUCAGCAAAAGGAAAUGUGAAAGUAGCAAUAUGAUGGAAUACGUAAUUCUUAUAGAAUUCUUACCCAAAUAUCCUAUAUUCCGACCGGACUGAGCUGAGGAGGCUGUUGGGAGACCUGCAGUGUGGCCCUUGACUCCUAUCCUUAGUGCCUUGUAUAAAUGUUGGAAUGAGGGUCUGCACCGGUGUCUCGAGAUGUCCCUUACAUCUCCCACUACCUUGUACAUUAGAAAUUGCAACACUGUCACUUUGCUUUAGAGCAGAUUUUGCACAUUUCCUGACGAAGUAAAAAAAAUGCUCCCUUUGUUGCACACUAAUACUUUGUUUUUGUUACGUAUAUGACAACUAGUGAUUGAAAAAAUAACACUGUUGAAAAGUGCAUUUAGCCCUAAGAGCCAUCAUCAAUUGAGCCCAUUAUAGCUUUGGAAAAAAAUGUGACAGCUCCUAGAGCAGGGGUGUCAAACAUACGACCCGCGGGCCGGAGCCCAUUCAAUCCGGCCCGCGGGUGGUAAAAAAAAAUACAUUGUUGGAAUUAUCAUUUUUGGGACAUUUGAAAUGAGGAAAAACAAAUCGAAACUGUAGAAAUGAUAAUGGACCUACAUUUAUAGUCUCUUCACUCUGUCCAGCUUUCUAACAGUCAUCGAAACGAAAGCUAGACAGUCAGAGAGCAUUGAAACUAUUUUUUGCAGAUUUUGACGGCAAGAAAAUAUAAUACAUUUUAAGUGCGACCAUCCCGACCUCGGUGAAGAGCGAAUGCGGCCCGCAAACCAUUUUAUAUAUAAGACAGGAGGAGACAAGCAUUUUGUAGCUCAGGAAGUUCAAAUGCUGGUUAUUGGAGUUACUUUCCUCAAAUCAAUUUGUCUUUGUAACAAAAAGUAGAUGGGAUGCUUGAAUUUGCCAAACAUACGAUCUAAGUCAGCAUCAUGUUUUUUUUAUUCAUUUCGGAAAUGACCCUCUGUACAGGGGAACUUAAAAAACCGAACCUGUAAAUAUGUUAUAAUAAACUGUAGGCCUACAGUGGUAUGCUGUUGUUUACAUUGUUGAUUAGAUCUUUGAUUUGUUUUGCCAAGAUAAUGCUGCACCAUAGUUUUGUUUAUGAAAGAUGUCUCUUUCCAGUUUAUAUGGACCUGUUUACCUAGUAAGCCAUAUAAUUUACAAUGUAUGUGAUGCCAGAGUUAGGAUUGAAAAUUGCACUUGAGCUCAUCAAUGUCAGGAUUUCAGAGGAUGGUCAAACUGAGGUUUUUAAUAAUUUUACAAUGACACUAGUGAUGCAUGUUAUUUGUGUGAUUUUGCCAACUAAGAAGGAGAAGUAAAAAACAAAAACAAAAGUGUCAUCCAUUUCAACGUGAGAUGGCUACUUGUCUUUAUGAUGUACUGUUGGAAACAGACUCCAACUUGGCACCUCCAUGUCUCUUGUUUUUUGUCAAACUUUUUAUUGCAACUUUGUCUUUGUGUUCAUUUUCUAGUUUUGUAUUUUCCUAUACGAUGUUUUGUCUUUGUGUUAGUUGUUAAAAACCACGUACAGCCUACAGUACAUGACAUAUUGAGAUAAAUGUUUCCUUUGUUAUUCAUUUUGUCCAGAGUUAGUUGUCUCCUUCACUUGUAGCUGAGAGUUUUGCUGCAUUAUAGUGCCUCUGGAAUGGUAGAUGAACUGCAGUCAGAGAAGGGGUGUGGUUGUGAAGACUGACAUCUGCUCACUCGAAUUGUGGAGAGCCCUGACCCUCCUCCCAGUAUUGGCCCUGUUACAGAGUACUUGUAAAUGUUUGUCAUGACAACUCAAUCCCUAUGGAAAGCUCAAAUAAAUGGUUGAUUUAGAA